AUGGCGGUGCCUCUGCUGAAGAAGGCGAUCGUGAAGAAGAGGGUGAAGCACUUCAAGAGGGCGCACAGCGACCGCUACAUCGGCCUCAAGGUGAGACCCCUAGCUCGUGUCUGUGUCUUGCAUUUUAUCCUGGUGUGCACCGACGGCACACAUGCGAUAUUUCUAGAUAACAAACAAAGCUGGCGUAGGCCAAAGGGUAUCGACUCCCGUGUCAGGCGGAAGUUCAAGGGAUGCACCUUGAUGCCCAACAUCGGGUACGGUUCAGACAAGAAGACAAGGCACUACCUGCCCAACAAGUUCAAGAAGUUCGUUGUCCACAAUGUCUCUGAGCUGGAGCUGCUCAUGAUGCACAACAGGACCUACUGUGCCGAGAUCGCACACAACGUGUCCACCCAGAAGCGCAAGGCGAUCGUGGAGCGUGCUGCGCAGCUCGACGUCGUGGUCACCAACAAGCUUGCUAGGCUCCGCAGCCAGGAGGACGAGUAA